AUGGCACCUUCCAAGCUACAAGAAUGGUUUCCCUGGACCGCGGCGCCCGUCAUCAUCAACGGGCCCAUGAUUGGCGUCGCCUGCCCUAAGCUCGCCUCUGAGGUGAGCAAAGCGGGUGGCAUCGGCUUCAUCUCCUCCCUCGUCAACGUUGACAAGGGCUCUGCGGAAGUCACCAAGGCCCAGGACAGCCUCGCCGAGGUGCGGCAGCUCCUCGGCCAGCAAGGUGCCGACGGUCCCGUGCACGCGGGCAUGAGCUGCAUCACCGGCCACGAGAGCAUCGCGCAGUUUGCCGACACGGUGCUCCCCGUGGUCGCCGCCCAGCGGCCCGCGGCGCUGUGGCUCUUUGCGCCCGACGGCGAGGUCAAGCCGCAUGCCGCCAUUGUCGCCGCCGUGCGGGAGCUCGGCCCGGACCGUCCGCGCGUGUUUGUGCAGGUCGGCAACGUGGCGGCCGCGCGCGAGGCCGUCGCGGACGGCGCGGACGUGGUCGUCUGCCAGGGCAUCGACGCGGGCGGGCACCAGUUCCGCAAGGGCAUGGGCGUCAUCAGCUUCGUGCCCGAGGUGCGGAGGAUGCUGGACGAGGAGUUUGCGGACAGGGACGUGGCGCUGGUGGCGGCGGGCGGCAUCGUCAACGGGAAAGGCGUGGCUGCGGCGCUGGCUCUCGGCGCCGAUGGUGUGGUCAUGGGCACCAGGUUUACCGUGGCGGAUGAGUCGAUAUAUCCCGAUUUUCGCAAGGCGCAGGUCCUCCAGACCACCGACGGCGGUUCAUCUACAUUCAAGUCGCCGUUCAACGACCAGAUCAACAACAGCAAGCUCUGGGGCCCUCUUUACGACGGGCGCGCCAUCAUCUCCGAGAUCCACGAGAGGUUCCUCGCCGGCGGCACGCUGGACGAGUGCCAGGCGGCGCUGAAGCAGGUGUCGCCGCCCGAGGAGGCGGCCAAGCUGGUCAACACGUGGGCAGGAACGGGAGUCGGAUUGGUGAGGACAGGAGGCCCGGCCGGCAAGAUUGUGGAAGAGAUUCGUCGCGAGACCAAGGAGACGAUUCAGUCGCUGGCCGGGCUAGUGUAG